AUGAGUGGACGCGGAAAAGGGGGGAAGGGACUCGGAAAAGGAGGCGCUAAGCGUCACCGUAAAGUUCUACGUGAUAAUAUCCAAGGCAUUACCAAGCCCGCUAUCCGCCGUCUAGCUCGCCGCGGUGGGGUGAAGCGUAUUUCCGGCCUGAUUUAUGAGGAGACCCGCGGUGUACUUAAGGUGUUCCUGGAGAACGUAAUUCGUGACGCAGUUACUUACACUGAGCACGCGAAGAGAAAGACCGUGACUGCAAUGGAUGUGGUGUAUGCUCUGAAGAGGCAGGGCCGUACUUUAUACGGUUUUGGCGGUUAACUUUGUCUCGAAUCCAACACAACGGCUCUUUUAAGAGCCACACAACUCGUCCUAAGAAAUAAGUGUUCCAACUUUACAGUUUGGCUUGGUUACACAGAACUUUGUGAAUAUGUUCUUGUUAAUAAGACUCUAACCCUUGCAACGUGAUUAUACAUACGGCGUAUGGGCUUAACGAAAGGGCCGUUGUGGCUGAAAGUAACUCGUCGGGAUGGCUUCGUGCCCCAAACCAAAAUGGCGGUGGCGCUGAUGUGAACAAUGUUAACUCGCUUCACCUAGCCUAGCUUUCCCAGAAACCAAUAUCCACCUUUCCUAACCUUACAAUGAUUGGCUUGUCCCUUUUUCAAUGAAACUCCAUUUCCCUGUGAAGCCUAACAUUCUGCGAAUUGUCUUAGGACACAACUUUGUUGUUUUUGUUUAUUUUUUUUUUUUG